AUGAACAUCUCCAUCCUCUCCAUCUUGCUCGGACUGGCAGGGAAAUGUCUGAUCAACUGGGCCCUGGUGUUUCGCCAGAGGAGCCACAUCUGCAGAAGCUUCGUGGGAGUUUUCAGCGUGUCCCUGUCCGUCGUGGACACGGCCGUGACCCUCAUCUUUGCCACCAUUCAUAUCCACACUGAUGGCCCCCUCUUCUUCUUGGGCUUGCAGCUGACCAGAUACCACACGUGUUUGCUGGUUCAAAUCCUCGGACAGGUCGAAAGCCUCCUGCAGUGGCCCGUCGUGCUGGUGGCCAGUUUGGACCAUUUCUGCACCGUCUCUCUGCCAGCGACCUCCUCGGGGGUGAAAGGGAUCGUCCACUCAUUUGUGACUGUCCUCCUGUGGACCCUCACUGUUCUCUACGUCUUCCUGCUGUCUGACUUCAAUCCUGUCCUGGAGGACUUGGCUUACCACCAAAUUAACCAGUGCUGGGUUUUCCACACCCCUCAGAUCCUGCAGGUCGUCACGCUGCUCUCCUUGACUCUGGCCUGCUCUGUGCUUCAUGCUGUUUGCAGCUCUACAUUAUUAGAAAACCCUCCUGAGAAGAACCAAAUUACAAACCAGAGCAGAACUCCCACCAGGGGAAACAUUGUUUGCCAGGUCCUGAGUAUAUUUCUGAGCACAUGGGCCCCUCUGCUGAUUUUUCUGGCCGUGUUCCUCCUGCUACCCGUGGGAAUACCCUCAUACCUGGGUCUGAACGUUGCCUGGCUCUGCUUCCUCAACAGCUUUCUGAUCACACUCGGCCUGUGUGUAGCCUGUCCAGCCCCGCGGCUCGCACAGGGCUUGGCAGCAGUUCCCGCUGACAGCGUCUGUGAGUGGAGGAUUAAAUUUAACUUGGUUGCAGAGGACAGAACAUGA